GAGGCAAAAAUGUUCAAGUUGUUCUAUUGGACACAGAUACAUCCAUUGAAAGGGAUGGAGUGAAGGUACACUAUCCUUCAAGGGGACAUGAUGAUUCCAUAGAACUUUCUAAUGAAGAUCUAUCAUGCCUUGAGUCUGAAUCACAAUUGUCCUCGCCUAUAAUGAACUUUUACAUUAGGUACCUAUGGGAACAAAUGCCAUCAAUUAGUAGAAUAAGAGGCAAUUACCACAUUUUCAACACAUACUUCUUCAACAAACUUGAAGACUUUGCAUCAAAGGGUUCAGAGGUGGACAGCGCUGAUUGUUUCUUAAAGCUGAGAAGAUGGUGGAAGGGUGUGGAUAUAUUUAGGAAGGACUAUAUACUGUUUCCUGUGCAUGCAGAUGCACACUGGAGCUUGGUCAUCGUAUAUAUGCCAGCCAAAGAAGACCACUCAGGACCCAUGGUGCUUCAUUGGAUUCACUGAAGGGGCAGGUUCACCAGAGCAAAAAUAUUUU